AUGCUUAUGAGUGAAAAUGAGAAGAUUAAUUAAGUCCUUCUUAAGUUUAAUAAAGAUAGACAAGAAAUUUAUAUGACACUUGAAACUGAAAGAUUAAAGGAUGAUGAUUUGAAAAGGUAAAUAGAGGAGCAUAAUUAGAGAAGACUCAAUAAAAAGAUUAAUAAAAAAGAGAAACAUAUAUUGUCUUAGCAAUAACAUAAUGAGAUGAAAGAGAAAUACUUUAAGGAAUUUACAAAAUUGUAAUAAGAAGGAUAUUUUAUAAAAAGAUAAGAAGAAGAGUAUCUAUGAAUAAGUUGAAGAAAUAAAAACUAUUAGCAGAUAGAUAGAAAUUUAUGAAUGUCAAAUAAUCAAUAUAGGAUGAUGAAUAGAAAUUAUUAGAAAAAGUGAAUAAGGUUAGAGAUCAUUUGAAAAUAAAAAGGAAAGAGUUCUUGAAAUGAGAAAAUAAAGAGUAAAUCUAAUCUAAUUUAUUAGGAAGCUUAAAAAUUAGAACUUUAAAUGUAACUUAAAUAAAAGAUAUAUGAUAUGAGGAUUGUUUAAUGGAAAGAAUAAGAAGAUAAUUAUAUGGAAAGAGUUUAAAAGCAUGCAGAAGAAUUAUAAAGACAUGAGGAAGAAGUAGCUAGACAAAAAGAGUAGGAGAAGAUUUAAAUGAUAAAAGAAGGAGAGACCUUUAGAUAAAAAUAAUUGAAACUUUAUGAAGCAGUCAAAGAGAAAGAAGAAGUUAUUGCAAAAAAAGAAUAGGUACUAAAAAUAAAUGCAUUACAAUAAUUAUCUGUAACAGAAGAAUAAUAAAAAGAAAUUCUUAAAAAAUGUAAUAAAGAAUUAUUGGAUUAUUAAAUAAUAUAAAUAGUAUUAUGAUUAUUAAUUUAAAGAACAAAAAAAAUUAGCUAGAAGAGAUUAAUAUAUGAAUUAACAUAAAGAAUCAAAAUAAAUAGAAUUAAGAGCUUAAUAAGAUAGAGAUAUAUCUUUAUGAAUUGGGCAAAAUAACAAGUUGAAGAAACUAAAGAAUAGGGUUUAAAUUUAUAUCCUUUAAUGAAGACAUUAAAAUUAUGA